UUUCCUCUGUGGUCGAGGAAAAUGUCUACCGGGUGAAAAACAUGAACGCCAUGAUUCGCUUCCCGCCGAGAAUUUUCACGGCGAAAAUUGGUCGGAGAUACAAGUUUUCAACAACGCAUCUGCCGUUCUGCACUGACAAUUCAACCUAUACGGCUCCCACAUCGAACGAUUUCGAUCCACAAAUCAUCUCAGACCUAAUUUCCCGGCAACAAUGGUCGAACCUUAAAUCCCAUUUCAAAUUCAAAACUCCGAUCGAUUUUCUUCACGAGUUGCUCGGUUCGGGAGCCGUCGAUCCGUUGCUUGUACUCAGGUACUUCAAAUGGUCUCAGAAAGAGCUUAAAGUUAAUUACAACAUUGAACUCUUUUGCAGACUCUUAAAUUUGUUAGCCAAUGCCAAAUAUUACCCCAAAAUGCGUUCGUUUCUUGACUCUUUUGUAAAGCGUGAAACAAAUUGCACGAUUUCUUUGAUUUUUCAUACGCUUUCGGUUUGUGGCGAUCAAUUUUGUGCUAAUUCGAUAAUUGCUGAUAUGUUGGUGUUGGCUUAUGUGAAAAAUUCGAAAACGGCUUUGGGAUUGGAGGCGUUUAAGCGAGCUGGUGAUUAUGGAUAUAAGUUAUCUGUGUUAUCUUGUAACCCAUUGUUGAAUGCUCUGGUGAAGGAGAAUGAAUUUGGGGAUGUAGAAUUUGUGUAUAAAGAAAUGAUUAGGAGGAAAUUUAGCCCUAAUUUGUUUACAUUUAAUAUUGUGAUUCAUGGAUUGUGUAAGAUAGGGAGAUUGAACAAAGCUGGUGAUGUUCUUGAUGAUAUGAAAAUUUGGGGAUUCUUGCCCAAUGUGGUUACUUAUAACACUCUCAUUGAUGGGUACUGUAAAGUGGGCAGGGUCGGGAAGAUGUUCAAAGCUGAUGCUAUGUUGAAGGAGAUGGUGGCAAAUAAUGUUAGCCCUAAUGAUGUUACUUUUAAUAUAUUGAUUGAUGGGUUCUGUAAAGAUGAGAACGUUUCGGCUGCGAUGAAGGUGUUCGAUGAAAUGCAGAGUCAGGGUGUGAAGCCAACUGUUGUAACAUAUAAUUCAUUGAUUAAUGGUUUGUGCAAUGAAGGGAAACUGAAUGAGGCAAGGGUUUUGCUCGAUGAAAUGUCGAGUUUGAACUUGAAGCCGAAUGUCGUUACUUAUAAUGCUCUGAUUAAUGGGUAUUGUAAGAAGAAAUUGUUGGAGGAAGCUCGGGAGUUGUUUGAUGAUAUUGGAAAACAAGGGUUGGAUCCUAAUGUUAUAACGUUCAAUACUUUAGUUGAUGGAUAUUGUAAGUGUGGGAAGAUGAACGAAGCAUUUCUGAUCCGAAGCUUAAUGUUCGAGAAGGGAUUUCUCCCGAAUGUUUCGACCUACAAUUGUCUUAUCACUGGUUUUUGUAGGGCGGGAAAGAUGGAGGAAGCGAAGAAUCUUUUGAACGAAAUGGAAGGUAGAGGUUUGAAAGCUGAUACGAUCACGUAUAAUAUUUUGAUUAGUGCAUGGUGUGAGAAAAGGGAGUCGAAAAAGGCAGCACGACUCAUCGAUGAGAUGCUCGACAGGGGAUUACGACCAAGUCAUUUGACGUUUAACAUUUUGUUGAAUGGAUAUUGUACAGAAGGAAACUUAAGGGCUGCUUUGAAUGUAAGGAAACAAAUGGAGAAAGAAGGAAGGUGGGCUAACGUGGUGACGUAUAACGUGUUGAUUCAAGGUUAUUGUAGAAAGGGGAAGAUGGAGGAUGCAAAUGGACUUCUUAACGAGAUGCUCGAGAAGGGAUUGAUACCUAACCGAACUACUUACGAGAUAGUUAGAGAGGAAAUGAUGGAGAAAGGAUUUCUACCUGAUAUCGAAGGUCAUCUUUAUCAAGUCUCCCGUUAGACGUUAAUCAACAACGUUGCAACUUUACGGGUGGAACGGAGCUGUACAAACUCAUAUGUCGCUGAUCAGGCCGGCAUGAUCGGAGCAAGAGGGCGUUUCAAGCCCGAUUUGCGAUGAAUAUCUGCAUUCAUUGGUUCGUUUUCUUGCGUUUCGAUGCACUCUGGUUUUACUUUAAGAUCAGACCUUGUAAUUUCGCUGAAAAACAUUCAUCUCGUGUCUUAUACCGAGCGAACUUCACUUCACUUCGCUUCGCUUCCAAUGAUGAUGAUUUGACUAUUUAAGCUCUAUGCUACUCGUUCGACCGUUGCAGAAGAAAGCAGCAACUUUGAGAAACAAGAUACAAAUAUGCUGCAAUCUCGACUUGAUCACAAACACUUAUCUCCUUAUUUGUGUCGUCGUUAGCUCGUUUAGACCUGCAUUUGGUUGUUGAUGUUUGAGUCAGAAGCAAUUUGUAUAUCAUCCACAAUAUGCUGUUGGCAGACGUUGAAUUUUUAUGCGAACGUCGCUACGAGAGGGUCGGUCAAUAGCUAGUCUCUUUCGUUCUCGGGUUACUUUUCCGUCCCGAACUUUUCAAGUUUGGAAGCUUUGAAAGUUUUGAGUGAAAAUUCCUCAUAGGUUUUAUGCUACUUUGCAUGCUAUAGAAGCAAGCUAUUUCUGACUCUAAAA